AUGGCAGCGGCAUACGACCACAGCAAUCGCGCCUUUCUCCAGGCGUUCAUGGCACGCUCCUCCAUGACCUUCGAAGAGGCCCAACCAGUCUUGGCUGCGAUAUUGACAGUCUCUGAGGGCCAAACAGUUGACCCCGAAGAUGUUACCGAAGACCAAUUUUCCUCUUACGUCUCAGCAGCCAAUACCGCAAUUUCACCCUUCGACCUUGAGAUCAGAAGCUCAUUACCGCAAGACCCUCAAUCCACAAAUCCAGAUGACGCCCCUACGUUACCAGAACGAGUGUACGCCCUCGUCAACACAACAAGUGAUCCUCUGACCCAGCUCGCAACAACCUACUCCGCAGAUGAAAUCGCCUUCUUGAAACGCCUCCUUGACUACAUGUUCAUCACAAACAACACAAUACGAUGCGAAGGAAUGGCCGCUACCCAAAUGCAAGCAGUCCAACUACACCGAGUUGGCGACGCCAAUCGACGACAGUCCCAGGCUGCUGAUACGCAACAAACCCAAGCUGGAGCGACGCAGUCGCUGCGUAUGACACAGGCAGAAACGAUGGUCAAGAAUUUGAUUGAGGAGGGUUGGCUACAGAAGAGCUUGAAAGGAUAUCUCAGCCUGACACCACGAGCCCUGAUGGAGUUGCGGGGAUGGUUGGUGUUGACAUAUAAUGACGAGCAAUAUGGUGGCCACCGAGCGCAUCGGAUUAAGUUCUGUGCUGCUUGCAGCGAUAUUAUUACCGUUGGCCAACGCUGCGAGGACCUCGAGUGCGGGGGCCGACUUCAUGAACAUUGCAUGCGUAAUUUCUUCCGUAUGCAGCAGGGGGAGAACUGCCCCGUGUGCAAAAAAGCGUGGCCGGGUGAUCAUUUUGUAGGCGAGAGAGCCUUUGCUUCGAGAGCACAACCGAGAAGCAUUGCUCAUCCGAACUCACAGGUUCCUUCUUCCAGUGAGCCCAAUGGCGAGGAUCAAGAAUCGGAAGAGGAGAAUAGUGAUGAAGAUGGAUGA